CUGUUUCACUGUCUGCAGAUUAUAGUUUAAUAAGAGAAAGUAUUUAAAAGUAGCCUUACAUUAAAAGUAAAACAACUGUAGCAUAGUACGUUGAAUUUGUCUGUAGACUAAAAUAUUUAAAAAUAAAUAUUUUCUAGUUUAAGCAAUGGCAUCAGCUGUCAAGGAGAAAAAAGACUUGAAUGCUUUAAGACUUAAAGCAAUGGCUUAUUUCAAAGAAAAUGGAAUUCCAACAAAGAUAGAGGAAAUACUCAACAAAAUGUUCUUUGAGAAUCCAACUGACCCUUAUGGCUAUUUGGCUAGCAGCUUUAGUAGACUUACUCAGCCAGCAGUAAUUAGUGAGAUCUCAGCCAUGGCAGCGUAUGAUGGUCUGGGAAUGCCCACUAUUCAAACAAAUGUUUUUUGUACAGUUAACAAUAACCCAAAGUUGAUCAGCACUUCACUGAUUGCCUGCCCUAACCUGGGCCACCACUUAGAAGAUCGAGACAAGGCAGAACUGGAGGCCAGAGCCUCUCUCAAAGCUGCCGCUAGCUUCGUCCAAUCAGAUUUAAAUAAUCUCCUCAAGGGGAAAAACCCACAAAACCAAACAGAAAUUGAUGCUCUCCUUAUUUCAUUUAUGGAGGAUCAGAAACAGAUACAACUUAAAAAAAAAGAAUCAGAGAAAUGUGUGGAACAAAUACCAUCUCCAGUUUUACCAGCCACUACUUUAAAGAAAAAACAAUCCAGGGGCAGUGCAAAGUUACCCAAAUCAGGGAUGGUAUUCGGCUCAGUUCAAGACAAAGCCGUUGAAAUGUUUCCUGAAGGGAGUGAGGCAGUUUCAGCAGUCAGCCAAGCUGUUUGUUUGACUUCUGCCCUGACGCAGGGGGUCCCUGCCUACAAGCAUGUCUGCAAGUUGGCAGGGAACAGUGUACCAAAGGUCCCCCUCCCCAUGGUAACCAUCAUCCAAGGUGGGAAAAUGUUCCCUGGAAAACUGAACUGCAUUAAAGAGUUUUUGCUUAUACCAGGUGUCAAAAUGCCAUUGACCAAGUACUUUGAGCAUGUCCAUUUCAUUCAUCAACAUGUUGCCAGGGUUUGCUCGGCUAAGUAUGGGGCGAGCGCCAAAGUGACCAAUGAAUAUGGAGCACUGACCCCCCCAUUUGACCAGCCGAGCCAGGCCCUGGAUCUCUUGCAAGAAGCCAUCAACACCAGGGGACUGGUCCCAGGCAGAGAUAUGUAUGUGGCUCUGAAUGCGGCAGCCCAUGAAUACUUUGAUUAUGAAAGAGGUAAAUAUGAGGUGAUGGAAGGUCUGCUGAAAAGUCCAGAUGAAAUGAUCGGCUUCUGGUCAGAUAUCUUUGGCAAAUAUUCCUCCGUCCUGGCCAUUAUUGAUCCUGUAAGGAGUGAGGAACUGGACAUUUGGAUGAAACUUUGUGAAAAACUCAGCAACUUUGUCUACAUUAUUGGCAGCCAUUUUUAUGACAGACCAGGCUCCCUGAUCAAGGAAGUGGCGCCCAGAUACGCAUCAUCGAGUGGCAUCGUCAUGUUCCUUGAGAGGUUGAACACAAUCUCAGACAUCAUUACGUGCGCCAAGUUGUAUCAAGGGUUAAAAACUGAAAUAGUCAUCUCUACAAAUGACAUAGAAACUGCAGAGACUUUUAUUGUGGAUUUGGCUGUUGGUUUAAAUGCCAGGUUUCUCAAAUUAGGAGGACCAUGCAAGGGUGAAAGGUCAUGCAAAAUAAAUCGUCUGCUGCAGAUCUGCUAUGAUCUCGAGCGUGAAGAGCACUUACGUAUUCGCCCCGUGGGUUCUGCCAGGUCAGGGGUGGGUGAGGCGGAGGAGCCAGGGGAGGACAUCCUGGAGGGGAGGAGUGACCUUGAUCUUCCAGCCAAGUCGUAUCAGCACACGCCAUUCGUGUUCCCUCACAUCAGCAUCCCCACUGAUGAGAAGAUCAUCUCAGAGGAGUCCAUUCAGUCUGGCUCCUCAGGGCACUAACUCUUGCCUGACUCUCUUGGCUGACUCUCUUGGCUGACUCUCUUGGCUGACUCUCUUGGCUUGAAAAGUAAUAAAGUACCAGACAUUUUUCAAAGCAAAUUCAUUUUAAACUAAUCAAAUACACGAGUGCAAAUCAUUUUGAAUGGGAGUAGAAAUGUAUGGACCUGAGUUACCUUUUUUUUUGUCUUGUAUGAUCUUGUCAAGCUCGUAUUCUCGAUAUGUGAAAGAAUUCAUGUUGGCUUUUUCAAAGGUUUAUCAUCAUUCAAAUUUGAACUGACAUAAAUAAUGGGAAAUAUUCAAGUAAAAAUUAUCUCAAUCAUGUGGCUACUGCCUUGUAGUUAACUACAAUGUUAUCUGGUGUGGCACAUUUAGCUACACUCUGCUGUACCUGCACUGGACAUCAGUUCAACCAAACAUCAUGUGAUGAAGUCAUGUGAUGAAGUCAUGUAAUGAAGUCAUGUGAUGAAGUCAUGUGAUGAAGUCAUGUGAUCUAAUGUCUCAUGGCUAGAGUAUUUCAUACUGUACUGUUAUUUAUUUUCAUCUAGCUGAAUGUUUUUUUUUGUAUGAUCAAAUAAAAUGACUUUAAAAUAUGUUCA